AUGAGCUUCAACCUCCCGCUUCGGCCGAGUUCCAGCAGUACACGGAACCAGGCCAGCCGGAGCAGCUACUUCACCAACUAUACGCCGAAUUCCUCCACUGAGGCCAUCAAUGGCCCUCCCCUCCGGGAACCUGCUCGUGAACUGUUCGGCACCACCGAUCGUCUAAUUGUCGGCGUAGAUUUCGGAACCACGUUCUCAGGCGUCGCCGCCGUGUACACCUCGACGCCAGACGAUGUCGAGAUUAUCAAGACGUGGCCCGGUGGCAAUGGCAUCACUUCUGACAAGGUGCCCACCGAAAUCAGUUAUGAUUUUCCUGCAAACGCCGCCGCCGGCGCCGAGCCCAUGGUGAAAUGGGGCUUCCAGUUCAAGCCUGAAGAGUCGCGCCUUCGUUGCAUCAAACUGUUUCUGGACCGCUCACAGAAGCUGCCUUUCUACGUUAGCCCGCUGGAAACGGCGGCUCAGCUGAAACGUUACAACAAGAAUGUCCUGGACGCCGUGAGCGACUACCUCACCCAGGUCUACAAGCACACCAUGGAUACCCUGACCCGAAGAUAUGGCGAGUUUUUUAUGCAGUCCACCAAGGUUGACUUUGUCUUGACCUGUCCGGCCGUGUGGUCCGACGCGGCAAAAAACACAACGCUCCAAGCGGCCGAACGAGCGGGCAUGGGGUCCAAAUCGGAAAUUCAGAUGAUCAGCGAGCCCGAAGCUGCGGCCGUGUACACGCUGAAGGCAAUCCAGCCGAACCACCUCAAUGCCGGGGAUAACUUCAUCGUGUGCGAUGCCGGUGGUGGAACUGUCGAUCUGAUUGCAUACAAGAUUAUAUCAUUAAAGCCGUUAAAGGUAGAAGAGUCCGCCGUCGGAACCGGUGGUCUCUGCGGCAGUGCAUUCCUCAACUACAGAUUCGAGGAGCAUGUCAGAAACAAGUUGGGCCACAGCCGCUUCGACGAGAUGAAGGUCAAGAAAAAUAAGACGUGGCAGAUGGGCCUGCGAUACUUUGAAGAGUUUGUGAAACGCAACUUCAACGAGGACGAGCACCAGGAAGUCAACGUGCCGUUUCCGGGUCUGCCCGACGACGAGGAGGCCGGUCUGGACUGCGGCUUCAUGGUCAUGUCAGCUGCCGAGAUCAAGGAGAUAUUCCAACCCGUCGUCAAGGAAGUAUGCGACCUUGUUCAGGGCCAGGUCACAGGCAUCCGGUCCAAGGGCGGUGUCGUCUCGGGCAUCGUGCUGGUGGGAGGAUUCGGCCAGAGCGACUAUCUCUACCGGAAACUCAAGGCCCACUUCACCAGUGCGGCGCCGCCACCGUACACCGAACGGCCGACUCACGGCAGUGUGACGGCACUGCAGGAUACGAGCUCGAUCGAGGUUAUGCAGCCGGUGUACGCCUGGACGGCCGUUGUCCGAGGAGCAGUCCUGCGAGGAUUGGAGGGUAACAUGGUGAUAUCCCGUAAGGCGAGGUACCACUAUGGCACUUCGUACGCAACGGUGUACGAUGAAGAGAAACACUCGGUCAGCGAGCGAUACUGGUCGCCACUAUGGGAGCGAUGGAUGGUGUCGGACCGUAUGCAGUGGCACAUUGCAAAAGGAGAGGCAAUAUCACCCUUGUCGCCUAUCGCCUUCCACUACACCCGAAAUUUCAGGCCCGGGCAGUCAUUACUGGUGACGGACGACCUGAUCGCGUGCGAAGCGGACGAUCCACCGUCGGCGUACACGCGCGACCUCAUCCACGUGUGCACAUUAACUACCGAUCUCAACGCGGUGCCUAGGAGUCUGUUCACGCGGCUGACGACGACACGUGGUGUGGAAUUCGACAACCUCGACUUUACACUCGAGAUGAUUGUCGACAGCGCGGGCCUGGGUUUCGAGUUGAAGGUGGACGGCGUGCGGUACGGACGCGUCGAUGCCGAGUUCCAUUGA